AAACAAAAAAUCAUAUUUCUUAUCUUCAAUGAUUUGUGGGGUACUAAAUGUUAGGCUCGCAACAAUCUAACAGUUAAUUUUAGUUUGUUUCCUUUAUUCUUUAUUUUUCUCUUGUGUGGUUGAGUAAAAAAAAAAGUUUUACAUCACAGGUUUUUUUUCUAAAUAAUUUAAAUACUGUAGGUCCUUCCUCGUACCUCAACAUUUCAAUCAAUCCAAAAUAUUUUCUCCAUUUUGAUAGUAGAUAUUUGACUGGACACGUCUCUUGUGAUAUAAGUUGCGAGAAGAGUUAAAGAAAACUUGCAAGGAUUUCAAAAACAUGCAGAUUUCAAGGACGUGGUUUCCGUUAGUGGCUAUUUUUUCGGUGGUAAGUUAUGUGACUGCUCUGAAAAAUGGAUUGGCACUAACACCUCCCAUGGGGUGGCUGGCAUGGGAAAGGUUCCGGUGCAAUAUUGAUUGCAAAAAUGAUCCUGAGAACUGCAUCAGUGAUCGGCUCUUCCGAGAAAUGGCAGCUAUUAUCGCAGAGGAUGGUUAUGCAGAAUUAGGAUACGAAUACGUAAAUAUAGAUGAUUGUUGGUCAGAAAAAGAGAGAGGACCCAAUGAUGAACUAUUAGCAGAUAAGGAAAGAUUUCCCGAUAUGACGGCCCUUGGACGUUACAUCCAUUCCAAGGGUCUCAAGUUUGGAAUUUAUGCUGAUUAUGGUAAAAAUACUUGCGGUGGAUAUCCAGGAUUAAUCGGUCAUUUGGAGGACGAUGCUAAUCUUUUCGCAUCCUGGGGUGUGGAUUAUAUUAAGGUAGAUGGAUGUAAUGCUGAAUAUAAGGAUAUGGAUACAGGUUACCCUGAAUUCGGUAAAUACCUAAAUAAAACUGGCAGACCUAUGGUUUAUUCCUGCAGUUGGCCUGUCUAUCAAACCUACAACAAUAUGACGCCUGACUGGAAGGCUAUAACUAAUACCUGCAAUUUGUGGAGGAACUGGGCCGACAUUCAGGACUCCUGGGAUAGUGUUAAAUCCAUUAUAGAUCAUUUUGGCGAUAUACAAGAUACAAUUGUACCACUUGCUGCACCCGGACAAUGGAACGAUGCUGAUAUGGUAAUUGUUGGUGAUUUUGGAUUGAGUCAUGAGCAGAGCAAAGUGCAAAUGGCUAUUUGGGCUAUUCUUGCUCAACCUCUUUUGAUGUCCAAUGAUCUCCGCAACAUCAGACCAGAGUACAAAGCAAUUUUACAGAAUAAGAAAAUUAUUGCCGUGGACCAGGAUCCUCUUGGAAUUCAGGGAAGGAGAAUAAAAUCAAAGUCAAAGGACGACAAUAUUGAGAUUUGGGUAAGACCUAUAACUCCAAAUUUCGAUAAGUAUUACUCCUAUGCGAUAGCAUUUUUGAAUUCUGGAACAGAUGGAACUCCUACUGACGUUACUGUCACCUUGAAAGAAAUCGGGCUAGACUAUUCUGCUGGUUACCGUUGUGAGGAUUUGUAUAAUAAUGUUACCUACGAUAUCUUAAAACCAAGAAUGAAAAUUACAGUUAGGGUGAACCCUACAGGUGUCGUGAUGCUUCGAUGUGAUUUAAAAAUCGUAAAAAGGGCAAAAUAAUACAAUGAUACACAACUGCAAUAGAAAUGAAAUAGAUAAUUUAUUCUUAAAGAUUAGUCAGUUCAUCCUGAUCACUAUUUCUCCUUGGCUUAGAAUUGUUUGUUUAGAAAAAUUUUGAGAAUAUUUUAGGAAUUGUUAAAACUGCUGUAUUGUUUUCUUAGACAUUUAAUUAGAACAAAAUUUCAAAAUCAAAACUGUAAACGUUUGAAACAGAAAGAUGUUGAAUUAAAAUCAUUUAAAAUCAAA